AGGAAAAUCAGGAGAUGUGUGUAGACGUCAGGAUCUAGGGGAUAUAUAAGUUCAGAGUCAGCAGCCAAAUCAGAAGGGUGAAGAUGUUCUCCACACUGAGUUUGGUUUUUGGGAUCGCUCUCCUAACCGUAGGGGGUGACUCCCAAUCUUUUGAUUGUGGCAAAGCGCCCCUCAACACGAAGAUCGUCGGUGGACAGAACGCUUCUGCCGGCGCUUGGCCAUGGCAGGUCAGUCUUCACCAGGACGGGAGUCAUUUCUGCGGUGGAUCGCUCAUCAACUCUGAAUGGGUUCUGUCGGCAGCUCACUGCUUUCCGAGCACCCCCGAUGCUUCGGUCUAUACUGUGUACUUGGGUCGAAAGAGUCAGGAUCUACCCAAUCCAAACGAGUUGUCCAGAACCGUCUCUCAAGUCAUAGUUCAUCCACAAUACAACAUCCUCCCUCAUGACAAUGACAUGGCUCUGCUGCAUCUCUCCACACCUGUGCCCUUCACUGAUUACAUCCAACCAGUCUGUUUGGCAGCAGAGGGAAGUAUAUUCAACAGUGACAUGCUGUGGGUCACAGGAUGGGGAACCAUUGCUUCGGGCGUACCCCUUCCUUCACCCCAGAACCUGCAGGAGGUGGAUGUGCCCAUGGUUGGAAAUACUAAGUGUAACUGCCUUAAUCAAGGAGGAAUAACAGACAACAUGAUGUGCGCUGGACCACUGGCAGGUGGAAAAGAUUCCUGCCAGGGUGACUCUGGCGGUCCACUGGUCAUCAAACAAGGCGCUACUUGGAUCCAGGCUGGAGUUGUGAGUUACGGUCAGGGUUGUGCUCUGCCUAAUCUUCCCGGUGUGUAUGCAAGAGUGUCCAACUACCAGAACUGGAUCACUCAGCACGUGGGCAUGAAUAAUGCGGGUUUCGUCCCUUUUAUCUCCACUGCGCCUCCUCUGGAUGAGACCUGCCCAUCAACAGCACCAGUGUGUGGAGGCUCUGCAGGGUCAUGGCCAUGGAUGGCUAGUGUAACUUAUCAAAAUAGUCACAUGUGUGUAGGAACUUUGGUCUCUGACUAUUACGUCUUGACUUCUGUGAGCUGCUUCGCCAGAUAUAUGAGUACAGAUGGAUGGGAAGUCGUCCUCAACGUUGUCCAACCAGACUGCUCCAGCAUGCCAAUUGCGACCAACGUGGCAAAUGUCUUUGUUGACGAUGUUUUAGGAAACGGUGUGGCGCUCCUGCAACUCUCUAAUCCAUUUUCUCAAGUUCCCAAUUUACCUGUAGACAUCUUUAAUCUACAAUUUGAACCUGGUACUGCAUGUGCGGUAAUCGGUUGGGACUCAAAUGCUUUUACAUAUCUAUCUUUCCAAGAGAUGCAGACCACCAUUGAAAGCUGCGAUGCGACACAAACCACACAGGCCAACAUCUGCACAAGGCUUCUGGACGUUCAGCAGGAUGAUGACGGCAGUCCUCUGCUGUGCAAAGCCAACAACAUGUGGGUCCAGACUGGUAUUUUGUCCAUUCCCCCUGGCAGUCAGGUCAACCCAUUCAGCAACACCACAGUCUUCAUCCAGACCAAUCCUUUCAGCUACUUCAUGACUAACACUAUCAACAACAUCCCAUCUAUUCUGGAUGGGGCAGAGUCAUUCUCUCCCUUCUCUCUUAUCUACAUCCUUCUGCUCUCUCUCCCAGCAGUGCUCCAGGCCUUUUACUAAAAUGGCCAUCUGUCACUCCAUCACCGAAUACAAUAACAUAUGCGGUACAUUAUAUGGAGAAUCAAAGGGAAUUUGGUCUUAUAUUAGAAAUAAAGCUAUAUAAACCUUUAGUUUAAAUAAAAAAAUAUCAAGGUGGGAUCUUAACACUUUCUUUCACUUAAACUCUCCAGUAAAUGAACUCCAUUACUUUUUACUUUAUAAGUGAAAUAAAUUUGUGCUUAUGGAAAUCUGUAUAAGAAAACAAUGUAUCGUCUAUAAUAAAGUUGUUUAUUGUCCUGAAACGUGAAGAGAAUUAUACAUUUUUGAGUCAUGGGAACUUAAAAUGACAUAAAUUUAAAUUAUUUUGUGAAGAUAUUAUUACUUUAUUAUUAAAUGAUUCAUUGUUUUAUUGUUAAUAAAUGUCAGUUGCCUGAACUGUUUUUGAGCCACUGUGUUUUUUAUACAGUAUACUCAUUAAUACCAUGAAUUUCCAGGCUCUCAUGAAUAUUAGUAAAUCCCAAUAAGAUAUUUUCAAAUAUCAGUGCAGUUUUUACAUAAAGACACUGAGAGCAAUCAAAUACUUAUGCAUAAAUAUAAAUAUAUGCAUAAAAAUAAAGCUUUUUUUAGAACUAAAUCACAUAUAAACCUGCAGGAAAAUAUUUCAUGGUAACAACUGAUAUUUAUAUGCAUUUUAUCUAAGUAGUCUAUUAUGGUCUACUUGAUUUACACUACAAGAUCUUAGAAUUUCAUUUUAUUUUUGAUCAUAUACUGUAAAUAUAAGCACAUGAAUCAAUGAACAUAUUUUUUCUCAGUUUGGGCCUCUUAAUAAAACUUUGAGUUUUGUGUUUUGUGCUUUGUUCUUUCUUUAGUAUGAGCUCCAUAUUCUAACCAUGUGAUCCGUGACACUCAGCAAAGAACACGCAUUCAAACCUUUCAAUAUAUAUUAGGCCUAUAUCUUUAUCGUAUCUUAAACCUCUUAUAAUGUUAUGUGACUAUUAUUUCACAUGUCUGGCUGUAUUGGGUUAGGCAAAUACAUAAAACAUCUCUUUUUAACAAAAGACAGAACACAAACAGACCCUAUUAAAAGUUCAUACACUGGCAAGUCUUGUAGAAAGUCAUAAGACCAACUCAUUUAGUACACUGUCAGGAAAAAAAAUACAUUUAGGUUGAUGGCUCACUUAAACAGUACAUGUAAUUUUCCCUAAAAAUAUAUAAAACAGUAACAUGCACUUUUGAGGUACUACUACCAACCUUUCAGGGGUGAAUUAGAUAAAGAGUCCCUUUAAGUGUACUGCGUCAAUGUCAAGCUGUGCCCUUAAACACAUACAAUUUUUUUUUCUGGCAGUGUAUGACAGAAUGUUCAACUGAAUUUUUCUUUUCUUUUUUUACUCAAUCCACUGCAGUGUACACAAUGUUUUCAUUGUAUACAUGCCUAAGACAAGCUUGAGUGAGAACAUGAAGAGAUUUGUGUAGAUAUAGCCUGUGUGCUGUAGGAGAUAUGUAGUUUGGAAUUCCUAGUGUGGUCUUCGUGAUCCUAUAAUGUUAAUUAUAUGAAAGUAUUUUUUGCCUAAUAAUACUCUUUAUUUAAUGAAAUUAAAUAAAACAGUUGUGCGUGAACCGUGACCUUCAAAGCAUAGGCUAUAUCAGAUGUGGCAGCAAAGGGAAACGCAGACAGUCGUACUGUUAGGGAGAUACGUGAGAACUGAACUUAAGGCCAUCAAGUCAAACUUGUUAUUUCAUAAUUGAAAUACUUCUGCUCAGGUGUGCCCAGUAGCAAUAACUGUAUAAAAACAAUGCAUUUUUCAAAUAUUUCCAAAGCACGAAAUGGUCAGGAUGAAUAAGAGCAUUGAGAAGAUUGGAUAUUUCAUUGCGUUAACUCAUCAAAGAUAAGAAAUCAAGCAAAAUCAGUUCUUUCAACCUACAGGAGGUAAACGUGGUUGGUUUGAAACGGUAGGAAGGACAACAACUAUAGUUGUGAACUCUUGAUAGUUGUGAAUUUCAUAGUUGGAAUGAGCAAUGCUUUUAUUGCUAAUUUGUGAAAAGCUAAUGAUACAGACUGACACAUUCCCUGGCUUCUUAGGUUGUCUGUGGAAUCCUGUAGACUGGUUUUUAUUCAAGGGACCUUUUCUCACAAGGUUUUUUACAAGGAAAAAAGUGUUUGCCCAUGUUCAUUGUCUAGUCAUGUUCUUUUGCUGCCUGUUACAUGUUCAUGGUUUUCCGUUGUCUUGGAACGCAACUCAUCUGCGUUUAAAUGCUCUCACCUUUGUCCCUAAAUUUCACCAUGCAUAACAUAACAUGCUGGAGUCCAUAGUAAUAGUCCAUAAGCAAUCUCCUUUGUAGAUUCACCUUCCUAGAUUCACCAGUGGACUGUUUGGCAGUGCAGUGGAUGGCUUUGCUGAGUGUUUCACAGCUGCACAGAAGAAAUCGCAGGCUCUUGGACACUUCUCUUCUCUUCUCUUUGCUUUGAUCUGAUCGGUCCAAUUUCAGUUUGAGAUCUCUAAAGCAGAACAUAACUUGCCCUAGAGCAGGUAAGUAGUGUAAAUUACUAUGGCAAUGAAUGCUGCUAAAAGCCAAACACUUUACCUGGCCAGUCAGCUAUUCUGUCUUUAUGUUACAGGCCCCUGGUGUUAUUAUUCAGCAACAGGGUUGAAUUUGUGGGCAUAUCUGAAUGAACAGGACUUUUUUAACUUGCAGUGACAAAGUUAUAUGAAUUUCAGCUUUACCUGGCUUCAAUCUCUUCUCACUGUUUCAUCUGAGCUUCUGUUUACACUCAAGGGUUUGGUCUGAAUUCAGGUUUUAGACACACAUCAGCACUACUCUGUCAACUCUCUUCCUUUUCUGUUUGUUUAAUGUUAAAUUCUCAACAUUUCUGUCAGAACAUUCUCUUAGUUUCUGGCUAGAGGAGCAAAGCUGUCUUCUCACACAAUCAAUCUCAUUCUUACUAGCAACACUUAGGUGGAUAUUAGUGUAAAGCACUGGUUCUCAAACUGUUUUGUCCACUGAAUCUAAAACUAUUAAUGCCACGUGUGGUUCUUUCGUGUUGGUUAAGGGUUACAUGACACACUAAUCAAAGCAGGAAAAUGUCCUUUGUCAUUCAAGUUUUUUUUUUGUUUUUGUCCUCGGCUCUUUUGUGGCUUCAACCCACAAUUCUCUAAUCACACAGUCUUCAUCAAAAGCUUUCUCUUCAUAUACAAUGUUUUAUCUAUACUGGUUGGGCCGGUGUCAUUCUGACCCUUUAUUCUCGCCCUAAACUGUCUUCUGUCAUUUUGUCAUUCAGUAAACUCACAUAUGCAUAUAGGCAAAGAAUGAAAUACAGAUUUUCAUGUUCACAUUAUUUAGGCAGUUUGCUCUUGCAUUAGACUUACUUACUGAGUUUAAUAAAUGAAUUAAUAAACUAAGUAAGUUUAACUUUUUUUUUAUUAGAAAGUUAAUAAAAGGCUAAAUGCCUGCAUAUAGUAAAUAAAAUUAUUUGUAGUGGAUCUUUAAAUUAUUAUUAUAAAUAUAAACAUAAUCCAUAAGUAAUCUCCAAAUAAUCUUCAAAACAAAAAGUACUUUCAAGUCUUUCAUUUUCGCAGGCAAAAUGAUCCAACAAUUCAACACUAGAGGGCAAUGGAACUAAACCUAACACUAAAUACUUGAAAUCUGUCUGAAUAAAGAUGGGUGGUAGAAAUACAGGCACGUAUAAAUGACACAAAUACACUAAGAAGAAGAAUCUGUCUUCCCUUGAUUGUAACUAUUGUAUGUUUUUAAUUCAAAUAAAAUAAAUGUAAUAAAACUGCUUUAUGUACACGCCACCAGGAUUCAUAUUAAACAAAGCAUAAUUCAAAUUAUGCCAUUGUUCUGCAUUCACUACAUCCAUGUCUGUUAAUAUCAAGUCCUCAUGCAUAUAUAAUAUAUUAAUUAAUUAAGACGCUAAACGUUUAACAUCAAUUUUAUCAACCUUAAAUUCGAGUCAUUUUUUUAUGACGUUUUCGAUAUGGAUUAAGUUUGGUUCCUCCGGGUCGCCGUACAGGCGGAGGAAGUAGUAAUGUCGGUUGCUAGGACAACAUUGGUCCGCUUUGUUACAGAACAAUGCGCUAUCCAAAGUAAAUGAAAGUAAAUGAACCUUCUAAUAACUGAAAAACCUGGUCAAUUAAAUUGGGAAUGCAGGGACGGUAUAAUGACUGUUCCUGUGUGGGCUCUUUCCCUCCCGCUGCCUGCCAUCAUCAUGAUCUCUGUGGGGCUCUAUAUGGUUCUCCUCGCCGCUGUGCUGUGGUGUCAUCACUGUCUCAAGGCCAAGUGUGAUCCUCAGUGUUCAGACUGCUGCGCGAGUUUCUCCCCUUGCGAGUACUGUUUAGUGUGUGCCCAGUCAUGUGACUGCCGUCCACCAUCUCUGCAAUCCUGUCUGGACUAUUCUUGCCCAUCCCCUAAUUGUACGAUGUGGGAUUGUGCCUGUACCUGUCAGCCUCCAGAGUGUGACUCCAUCAACUGCUUCUGCUUUGAGAUCAAGUUUAAGUAAAAGGGUGGAUGGAAGGAUGAACAGGCAUUUGCAUACGUAUUUCAUUCAUUUUAAAGGUUUCCAUGCAGCUGUAAUUCUUCAAGUACACAAGCAAAAAUACAAGACAGAUGAAAGUAAAGAUAUUAUUUUUAUGAAUUUGUAGUGCAGGGCUUUAAGAAGUGCCAUGAACUUUUAAAACAUUACGUUUAACCUUUUUUUACAUUUAAAGCACAAAAAAAGUUCUAUUUUCCUAUUGUGACAUUUAUGUACUUUUUGUUGUUGUUUGUUUUUCUAUUCUUUUUGGCAUCAUUGUAUUUGGUAAAAUGGACGUUCGUGCUUCGUAUAAAGAGAAGUUAGACAUCUAUAAACCAUAUAUGCUGUUCAGUGUAUCUCAUUCUGACACAGAUGUCUUUGAAAUGUCUGAACUGUACGCUCACCUAUAUUUAUAUUAGAUACACUUUUAUAUACAUAUAGUUCUGACUGACCAGUUUUAGAUGAAAUAUCUGAUUCUUUUGUGAUAUUAUACUGUAAAGGUGUAACAAUGGUUAUUUUCUAUUUUUACUAAUCUAAUUGUUGACAGGGCUUCAUCGUAAGAAAUAUGAUCUAAAUAUGUAUGUGUAUUGUAUUAUAUGAAAUGUGAUACAGUUAUGUAUGUGGCCAUAUUUUGAAUGCUGACAGCCAACACACUAUGGCUUACAAAGUAAACCUGCAGUGACCCGGUCACGUCUUAUUGAUGUUGCCUGGCAAAACUCUAUUUUUAUUUUUAUUUAAUUUUUUAUAAGUAUGUGAUAUUUUUGUAAAUUGGUAAAAAUGAAUUAAAGAUUUUAUUAAGUG